UUCUCAUAUCGUGAUUGCCUUCGUCGAUUAAUCAGGUUUCAUCUACGUACCUCUCCGAAUGCACCACAUCAAUCAUCUGAACUUCUCUUUUCAGGACAACAUGAGCUUGAAUCCUUUAUGACCCUUCCUUCUCGAAUUCCUUGUAUCAGUCUUAUCCUUGACUUGAUACGUGGUGCGUUAAUUCCCUUGUUGAUGAAGAAAUUAGCGUCAGCCAAUGAAGACGGUGAAUGCAACAGGGGCUCUCCAAGCAUGGGACCAAAGGAAAAUACGGAGGCUGGCUAUCGAUCAUUGACUCUUCAAACCGCUAGUCUCUAUUGUAGGGAAUUGGUUGAUGCAGUCAAUCGGUAG